GUUUUGCACCUGCUUGGAGGCACCCAGCUUGGGAAACACUGCUUUAAUGCAAGGCUUGACAAAUCCCAGGCGCCAGGUUGCCAUGGUGACUUGAGCUUUUUGUCCUGGCAACUAGGGUUACGUCAGCCUUCAUGAUGUAAGAGCUAGGUCGACGCCAUAACCGUCGGAUACUGGCUACUAUUUGCACAUGUCGGUAAUGGCGGACACUUAUUUUACAUACGUAAAACGUAUUGUUGCAAUUCCUGGCCUAAAAGCGUAUGCUGAAGAAUCGUAUUGAAUGCCCCUUAAAUUGUAUCUGUCAGACAAAUCAUUUUGCGAUUCUAUAAGAUUUUCCAGGAUAAAAAUCGUAUGAACUGGACGGAUGUAAAAAUCGAGAUGUGAACAGCGCCUUAGGGCCCGUGCGGUAUAUGUGCUCCGGACUAUACAUAACACCAGGGCGGGCACAGGGGGCGCUGUAGCCGGGCACUAUGGAGUAUGAUCGCUCGUUAUGGCGGGGGCACUAUGGAGUAUGAUCGCUCGUUAUGGCGGGGGCACUAUGGAGUAUGAUCGCUCGUUAUGGCGGGGGCACUAUGGAGUAUGAUCGCUCGUUACGGCGUGGGCACUAUGGAGUAUGAUCGCUGUUAUGGCGGGGGCACUAUGGAGUAUGAUCGCUGUUAUGGCGGGGGCACUAUGGAGUAUGAUCGCUGUUAUGGCGGGGGCACUAUGGAGUAUGAUCGCUGUUAUGAUGGCACGGAGCCCUCCCACAUGCAUUAUCCGGAUGACCAGAACUUCUUCCGGGGUUAUGAAUGGUGGCUGAUGAAAGAAGCCAAGAAGAGGAACCCCGAAAUAAAGCUUGUGGGUCUACCCUGGGCAUUCCCCGGCUGGAUUGGUAAUGGCAAGAAUUGGCCGUAUGACUUUCCUGAUGUCACCGCGUAUUACGUUGUCUCUUGGAUCAUUGGCGCCAAACAAUAUCAUGACUUGGACAUAGAUUACGUGGGGAUAUGGAACGAGCGCGCCUUUGAUGCCACGUACAUAAAGUUACUGCGCUACACUCUGGAUAAAAGUGGUCUGGAGCGAGUGAGGAUCGUAGCCAGCGAUAACACAUGGCAGCCCAUCUCCUUCCAAAUGCUGCGGGACGCCGAGCUCCUGAGGGUGGUCGAUGUGAUAGGGGCUCACUAUCCGGGGACUCACACUGUUAUGGACGCGGUGUCUACAGAGAAGAAGCUUUGGUCCUCAGAAGAUUACAGCACUUUCAAUGAUGAGGUCGGGGGAGGCUGCUGGGCUCGAAUCCUCAACCAGAAUUACGUCAAUGGGAACAUGACCUCAACGAUCUCGUGGAAUCUUGUGGCCAGUUAUUACGAGCAGUUGCCCUUUGGUCUUGAAGGAUUGAUGACGGCGAAGGAACCGUGGAGCGGCAGCUACGUAGUGUCCUCCCCCAUCUGGAUUACAGCUCACACCACUCAGUUUACGCAGCCGGGUUGGUAUUACCUUCGGACGGUCGGUCACUUGGAGAAUGGAGGAAGCUAUGUGGCCCUGACCGACAGGAUGGGAAACAUCACAAUUAUUAUUGAGACCAUGUCUCACGACCACUCCAUCUGUAUCCGGCCCCCGCUGCCCAAAUUCAACGUCUCUGCGCAGAACGCCACCUUCCAGCUGGACGGGUCCUUCAAUGAUCUGAAGUCGCUCCAGGUCUGGUAUUCAAAGCUCUGCACAAACACCAGCAAACCCGCCCUGUUCACUAAGAAGUCAACCAUACAGGUUUCGGGGGGAUCAUUUACUCUGGAGCUUGGAGUUGAUGAGGUUUACACGUUGACCACCCUAACCACAGGCCAGAAAGGCUCAUACCCCGACCCCCCAGGUUCUCAACCGUUUCCUCGAACAUACAAGGAUGACUUCAAUGUCCGUAACCCUCCCUUCAGUGAAGCCCCAUAUUUCGCAGACCAGUCAGGCGUCUUCGAGUAUUUCACAAACACCUCGGACCCCGGGGACCACGUCUUCACCUUCCGCCAGGUCCUGACUCAGCGGCCGGUCACCUGGGCUUCUGACGCUGAUCAGGCUAUCAGUGUGAUCGGAGAUUACUCGUGGUCCAACGUUACCGUAACAUGUGACGUCUACAUCGAGACCCCGGGCACGGGCAGCGUGUUUAUUGCCGCCAGGGUGGAUCAGGGCGGGUCACCUUCAGCCUUGGCCAAGGGGAUCUAUUUCUGGGUGUCUGCGGAUGGCACAUACAAGGUCACCGGGGAUCUGAAAGGGAACAUCGUGCUACAUAAGGGUCUGUCGGGAGUCCGGGCGAGACACUGGCACACGCUCACCCUCCAUGUCCAGGGAUCUUCGGCCUACGGCCUGCUGAACGGCGAGGCCCUGUGGAAGGACGUCCUCACGGUGGGACCGAUGCACGGAUGGACCGCCAUAGGGACCGGCUCCUUAGAGCUCGCUCAGUUCGACAACUUUAUGGUUAAAGCUGAAGUUGCGGAUACGAAUCCUCUGGCUUUGCAGGGAGAGGGUUGGGGUCUCAUCAGUGUUCCUUGUAAUCUGAUCACCUGACUAGAUGCCAGCAGCUGAGACUCCGACGUGGGUUGGGGUCAGUUCACAUUCAUAAAAUAUUGCCAUGUGGAGAAAGUGAUUUGACCUAUUAUCUUAUGAAGAUUUAAAGUCUUCUGCCUGUGUUCAUAUGUUGUCUUUUUACCUCAUUAAGGUGGAGAGCAAGAAGGGAGGUGUAUAACUACUAUAUAUAGAGAUAGCAGCAGUAUACAGAUAGAGCUAGAAGGGAGGUGUAUAACUACUAUAUAUAGAGAUAGCAGCAGUAUACAGAUAGAGCUAGAAGGGAGGUGUAUAACUACUAUAUAUAGAGAGAGAGCUAGAAGGGAGGUGUAUAACUACUAUAUAUAGAGAUAGCAGCAGUAUACAGAUAGAGCUAGAAGGGAGGUGUAUAACUACUAUAUAUAGAGAGAGAGCUAGAAGGGAGGUGUAUAACUACUAUAUAUAGAGAUAGCAGCAGUAUACAGAUCGAGCUAGAAGGGAGGUGUAUAACUACUAUAUAUAGAGAUAGCAGCAGUAUACAGAUAGAGCUAGAAGGGAGGUGUAUAACUACUAUAUAUAGAGAUAGCAGCAGUAUACAGAUAGAGCUAGAGGGAGGUGUAUAACUACUAUAUAUAUAUAGCAGCAGUAUACAGAUAGAGCUAGAAGGGAGGUGUAUAACUACUAUAUAUAGAUAUAGCAGCAGUAUACAGAUAGAGCUAGAAGGGAGGUGUAUAACUACUAUAUAUAUAGAGAUAGAGCUAGAAGGGAGGUGUAUAACUACUAUAUAUAUAGAGAUAGCAGCAGUAUACAGCUAGAGCUAGAGGGAGGUGUAUAACUACUAUAUAUAGAGAUAGAGCUAGAAGGGAGGUGUAUAACUACUAUAUAUAGAGAUAGAGCUAGAAGGGAGGUGUAUAACUACUAUAUAUAGAGAUAGCAGCAGUAUACAGAUAGAGCUAGAGGGAGGUGUAUAACUACUAUAUAUAGAGAUAGCAGCAGUAUACAGAUAGAGCUAGAAGGGAGGUGUAUAACUACUAUAUAUAGAGAUAGCAGCAGUAUACAGAUAGAGCUAGAGGGAGGUGUAUAACUACUAUA